GUGCGCGGGCGGGGCUGCGCGGGCUGCGGCAGCGGCCGGGCCGGGGCCGAGGCUGAGGCGGGGCGGCGGCGGCGGCACCAUGUCGGAGGCGGCGGUGGCCGACACCCGGCGCCUGAACGCCAAGCCGCAGGACCUGACGGACGCGUACGGGCCGCCCAGCAACUUCCUGGAGAUCGACAUCUUCAACCCGCAGACCGUGGGCAUGGGCCGCGCCAGAUACACCAGCUACGAGCUCCGCAUGAGGACAAACCUCCCGAUCUUCAAGUUGAAGGAGUCAUGUGUGAGGAGACGAUACAGUGACUUCGAAUGGCUGAAGAACGAGCUGGAACGAGACAGUAAGAUUGUAGUGCCACCGCUGCCUGGAAAAGCUUUGAAACGACAGCUUCCCUUCCGAGGAGACGAAGGCAUCUUUGAGGAGUCCUUCAUUGAGGAGCGGAGACAGGGCCUAGAACAGUUUAUUAACAAAAUUGCUGGACACCCACUGGCACAGAACGAGCGCUGCUUACAUAUGUUCCUGCAAGAGGAGACUAUUGAUAGGAAUUACGUCCCAGGGAAAGUGCGCCAGUAGGAGCACCUGGCACUGUCUUCCUCCAUUCCACCCUCCCUCCUGCAAAAAUGACAUUUAUUUUUACACUAAAUCUGUCUUCUCUGAACCAGCUUUUCCUCUCUUGAACCUCCCAGUUUGUUCAGUAUUUUCCUCUUUUUGUAACUGGCAGCAGCUUGUUCCACUGGGCUGUGGUCUUGGCCUAAAGGUAUGAAGAUUUAUGCAAGUGAGUGUGUAGUCCCGCACCUAGCGGCAGGUGCGAAUAGGUGUGGAGCAGGAACUUGCUUAUGGCAUUAUGGUGUAGGAGCUGCCCCUCUCCCUGUACAGAAAGGUAGGAGAUGACCUUCACUCCCCUGUCCAUGCAGCCCCAAGCAUCUCUGCAGGAGACUCUGGAGAAUAGCAGUUGUCAUGUUGGUCAGUGAUUGCAUCGGGUAUUAGAGUUUUAGUAAGGCUUAUCCAAAACAGUGAGUAGGUGCCUGGGUGUGUUGGUCCCUCGUCCACCCCGUUCGCCCUGCAUGAAAUCCCCGUUCUUCACUGUCUGGAAGUGCUGAGACCCAAGACUUACUCUAACCCUGCUCUCAGCCUCCUGCGUACAGACCUGUUUGGUGUAUUAGUGUUAAUCCCCCUCCCUUCUCGCGUGCUGCUGGCAGCUCGGGGGGUUUCCACGCCGUGCGCUCUCCCGAUGCUCUGUGAGAGCAGUCUGGUGUGUGGAAGCUGGGCUAGCCUGGGCUGUCGCAGCGUGGGCCCAGGCUUUAAAAAUGCCACAGCUAGCUCUGCUGGGGGCUGGUGCCGUGGCGUUUCCAGCAGCACCCGGUUCAGCUGAGCUGUGGUGACCUUAUCCUGUGCCCCAGCUGCAGAAGGGAGGGGAGGGGAAGGGACCGGCCUGGCCGAGGAGCAGGAGGAGGCCGGGGGCUGUUGCAGCGCAGCGGUGGCGGCAGAUGCAGGAGGAGCCUGGUGCGGAGCGAGGGUGGCACCGCCUCUCCAGAAAGGGACGGCAGAAAGUGCUAGGUCAGUCCUGGGCGAGACGCCUGUGUAUGGAGCAGGGUAAGGACUGAUAGGUUUUGUUUGUGUUCUGUUCUUUUCUCCAAUGAGCUAGGCAGUUACUAAUGUGGAAGGGAAGGCACAAGACUGGUCAGGGAACCGUCCAGAGCUUGGGAGAGA